AUGAAGACGACGAUCUGGCGGCCGAACGUGAGAGUGACGCUCAACGAGUAUGGCGAAGUCGAGGACACGGAGAGUGGUGGAGAGGAGGUGACGAAGCAGGGGACGAAGCGGAAGAGAGCCCCUCGCACGAAGGGGCCGUGCGAGCACGGGGUGAAGUAUCGGUCGCAGUGCAAGGUGUGCGGUGCUUGUCCCCACGGGAAGCAGCGCAGAAGAUGCAAGGAGUGCGGCGGGUCUCAAAUCUGCGAGCACGGUCGUCGGCGCUCUCAGUGCAAGGAGUGCGGUGGGUCUGGAAUCUGCGAGCACGGUCGUCGGCGCUCUCUGUGCAAGGAGUGCGGUGGGGGCUCAAUUUGCGAGCACGGUCGUCAGCGCUCUGAGUGCAAGGAGUGCGGUGGGGGCUCAAUUUGCGAGCACGGUCGUCGGCGCUCUCGGUGCAAGGAGUGCGGCGGGUCUCAAAUCUGCGAGCACGGUCGUGAGCGGUCUAAGUGCAAGGAGUGCGGUGGGUCUGGAAUCUGCGAGCACGGUCGUCAGCGCCCUUAUUGCAUGGAGUGCGGUGGGUCUGCAUUCUGCGAGCACGGUCGUCGGCGCUCUCAGUGCAAGGAGUGCGGCGGGUCUGGAAUCUGCGAGCAUGGUCGUCAGCGCCAUAUAUGCAAGGACUGCGGUGGUACAUCAAUCUGCGAGCACGGUCGUAUGCGCUAUCGGUGCAAGGACUGUCGAGGCGAACGUCUGUAA